AUUUGGCUGAAAAAUAUCCUGAUCGAUUUCUCCUUUGGAAUGAACCCUGUAACGUUAUCCCUCUGUGCUGAUACCGAUUCAGAAAGCUCUAGAAGUAUUUAUGAACAUAAUGAAAUCUUAGAAAUGCUUCAUAGCAUUUACGACAACAAGCAUUAA